UAACCAGGUGUCAGGUUGCUGCACAAGGAUCUUCAGUGGAGAGGUCAAUCUUCUGAAGGUAGAUUAUGGAGAAGGCAGGCCUGGGGAUUUGCUUUACAUACACCCGUAGCUCCUUUCAGCUGGACACUGAAACCUUCAUUUUUCUUCUUCACCUGUCACUCAGGCUUCACACAAGAUACCAACUAUGCUGAAGAAGAUCUUGAUCCUCCCAGCCCUGCUUGUUUUGCUUAUGCCUCCUCUCAUACAAGCACAAGAGGAUCUAAGUGGGGACAAAUCUGAGGAAUCUGGUGCCUUUGAAUCUGGGCAAGCAAGUGGGGAGCUUAGCGGAGAAACAAGUGGUGAACCUAAUGGACAAGUCAGUGGAGAGCUAGGCUGGGAGCCCAAUGGGCAACCUAUGGAUCAAUCCAGCCUCCCUGACGAAAGUAGCGGAAGUGGAUCUGACCUCUCAUAUGGAAUAGACUGAGAGGGAUGAAACUUCCCCCACUCCCCUUCACAUCAUCAGCUGCAUUGAAGGAAAAUCCAAGCCUCAAAAUGAGAAGCACAACGCCACCCUUGAGAAAUGAGUUUGUAGAGCAUUAGCAAGAGUGCUGUUGAGUUUGUUAAAUUUUUAAUACUUGUGAUUAUUCUCUUAAUAAAGUAUUUAGGGUGCAUUAUAUUCUGAAAAGUGACUAUGUAAAAAUGGUCACUUUUCAUUCAGUAGCUCUGCUGUGUGCAUGUAUCAGACUCAGAGUGACUGACUUUAGUGACUAAAAUAUGUUUUUAUGUGUGUUCAUCCUGAAGAGCCAGCAGAGUUCAGAGAGAAGAAGCUGGAGUCUAUGCCUUCUUCUGCAUCAUCCACAGAAUUAUUUACUGAAGUCUGGUUACACCUGUGCAAAGCCAUUGAUGGGAAUGGGACUGCACAAGUUACUGAGGGCAAAAUUUGGCCUGGAGUGCUUUUAUUAUUGGUGGUGACAUACGGGAAAAAAAAGAACCCUGCUUGACUCUUAGAGCUCAGGCUGAGUUUGCAGAGUCAGCAGCCUGAAAAAACACCAUUUUUAUUUUUAUUAAUUUGAUCUGAAGUCCCAGAAAGAUUAUAUGCAUGGAGCCCCACAAUGCCAUUUAUAUAGUCACUUUUCAAAGUAUGACCAUCCUCCAAGCUGUGAUGAAUUGGAAGGAUCUAUUGAGAGGUGAUGUGCAAUAAUUAAACUGUGACCUCUGAGAAUUCUCCAAGCAGGUGAACAUUCUGCCGUUCUCUGAACUAAUAUCUAUCCCUUGCUGAUAUAAAGAUCACAGUAAAUAAAA